GGGACUGCUCCCUAGGCCUCUCUGGAUUUUUCUGUUACUCUGCUCUCUUUCUGAGUGGCUCCCUUUGCCCUGCAAGUGGAGUGGGCUCUGUUCUGGUCUUAGGAGGUCUGAAAGCUAUACCAGCCCCUGCGCGUCCCACGCAGGCCCCAGCGUUAAUUAACCAGCAGUCGCUCCUGACAGCCAAGCCCCUCUAUCAUCUCCCAGGUCCAGGACCCUGUGGGAGAAAGGGUCCGGCAAGUCACAGACCCAGCCAGCGCAAAGGGCGAUCGAGGAGAACCUUCCAGGAACCGUCCCAGAUCCUAAACGGUCUGCUGAGAUGCCCAUCAUGGUAGAUGACAUCAUGAGGCUUCUGUGCUCCAUUUCCCAGGAGAGGAAGAUGAAGGCGGCCGUCAAGCACUCUGGAAAGGGUGCCAUGGUUGCGGGGGCAAUGGCCUUCGUCGGUGGCUUGGUUGGUGGCCCACCAGGAAUAGCUGUUGGGGGGACCGUUGGGGGCCUGUUAGGUGCCUGGAUGACGAGUGGACAGUUCAAGCCCGUUCCUCAGAUCUUAAUGGAGCUGCCCCCCGCUGAACAGCGGAAACUUGUUAACGAAGCCAUGGCCAUCAUCGGGAACUUGGACUGGACAGACGCAGUGCAGCUGACUGCUCUGGUCAUGAGCAACCAGGCCAUGCAGCAGAGGCUCUUGGCCAUGCUAACGACCUAUGUCACCAAGGAGCUGCAGGCUGAGAUCCGCUAUGAGGACUAGGCCCCGCCCCCUGGGGAGUGGGGCUCUCAUUUUAGAUGAUUCUAUGGCUCAUUGAAGGUGACCAGGGAAUGGGGGAAGCCUGACUUCUGGGAAACUUGUCUAAUACCAGCAUUGAUUGUAAGCCGCCAUGCUAGUGCAUUCUGUUGGACCGUCCUGCUGGAGAGGCAUCAGCCAUGCCUCUUGGGCUGUGUGUGCUAUGGAAGGGUACAGGCGUGCCUGCUGUAGGCAUUCACGGACAGCUUGGAGUCCUCCCGAUGACCAUGUGGGUCUAAAAGGUUCUCAUGUUGUUGGCUGGCCGACCAUAGCAGAUGCUUCUCUUUCUGUGAAGUGUACCUCCAGGUACCUGUCACAGGAUCGAAUCCCCUUAGACUCUGGGGUCUUGGGGUUCAGAGCCAGCUCUUGUCAGGAUUGUGCUAACCUGCUGAGUGUUUCCUUCCCUUGGCUAAGGACUUCCCAGUGGUCUCAUGGUGACAACUGUCCCUCCUUUGAGUGAAGCCACAGAUGCCAGGCAGGUUCUAUUCUCUGCUACAGGCUAUGCCCUAGACGCUCUUGAGUAACUUUAGUUUAGCUUGUAGGAGCUUCUUCUGCCUCCUUAAGAAAAAUCAUGGCACUUCAUUAUAUUUUAUUUUCCAUGUCGAUUCUGGACUCUUUUUGUUCUCUCCACUUUCGUAGCCUAAAUUCAUUUAGCUCUGUUUUCUUUUUCUUCUUACUAUGUUUCCUUGGGCUAGCCUUGAAGUCCUGGGCUCAAGCUACAUAGCUGGGACUGUAGGCUUGUGCCACCAUACCUAGCUUUACCUCAAAGACUGUUGUCCACUCUACUUUUCCUAAGCCCUCCCGUGUUCUCCUGUCUGCUGGCUGCAAUCUAUAAUUCAUUUGUGUGAAAAGACAAAAUUACCAAUGACUUGAGUUCAGAGAUCCUAACAUAGCUAGGUGCUAUGGUGCAGACCCAUACCCACGGUCCCAGAUAAUUGAAAAGCUGAAGGGGGAACAUCCUUGGGCCCAGGAAUCCAAGGACAACCGGACAUUGUGGAAGCCGGGAGAUAGGUGGGGACACACACAUCUUCUUAGUUAGCUUUUAUUUGCAGUCACGGAAUCAAGAGGCAGCAAGUGCCCUGGUGAGACGGAGAGAGAGGGUGGACAAGGGCGAGCAAGGGAAAGUGGAAACAGCAAGAAAACUAGAUUAACCUCCCGUGACACUGGCUGUUUAUGGAUUGGGCUAGCCUCGCCUCCAUUUCCCUAAGUGACGGAGGCUCAAAUCUGACAUUAGCUUGUUUGUUUUCCUUGUGUUGUGGAUGGAAGCCAGGGCCUUGCAUAGGCUAAGUGCCACCCCUGAGCGCUGCUCCUAGUCCUCCUCUCUGCUGAUUCCCGCCCAGCCUGGUCCCAGCCCUUGAGUGACUCAGCUUUGGUCUGGUCGGUUGGUCCCAGUGCUGGAGCUCAACAUCUAACAUUGUAUCCAUUUGAUUAAGUAUUUGAUACUUCCUCCUUAUCCCUCCUUGGAGGUGCUCACUCACUGAGGGCAGGAGCUAUGUGUCUCGGUCACUUCUCCUGCCUCCAGCUUGCUCCUGCCUGGCACCAUGGCUUUUGUGGGGUAGACACUCAAUAAAUAUAUAUUUUUAAAGCUAUGUAUUUCAUAUCUUUCUGUUUGUUUGUUUAUUUAUUUAUUUAUAUCUUUACUUAUUUAUUUUACAUGUUUUGUCUGCAUUUAUAUAAGUACGAUGUAUGUGUCUGGUUCCCACAGAGGCCACAGGAGGCACUGGACCUCCUGGAAACGAUGUUACUGACAAUUGUGAGCCGCCAUGUGGGUGCUAGGAACUGAACCCAGGCCCUCCAUUAGGGCAUCAAUGGCUAAACAAUCUCCCUCCUCUAGGUUUGGGUUUUUAAACCUGGGUUUCUCCAUGUGAUUCUGGUUGGCCUCAAACUCCUGGUCUUUCUUCCUGCCUCAGCCCCUUGAACUCGGAGACUACAGGCAGGCAUUUCCAAGCCAAGACAAAUACGUUUUGUUGUUGUUAGAAGUCUUUAAGUUCUUAUUGUUUGCCUUUUCUUUGUUUAGUUUUUUGUUUGUGUUUGUGUUUUGUUUUGUUUUGAGACAGGAUCUCAUGUAGCCCAGGCUAGCCCCCAACUCUAUGUAGCCAAAGACGACCUUGAACUCUUGAUUCUCCAGCCUCCAUCACUGCCAAGUGUUGGGAAUUACAGAGAUAAUACCUUUAUGUGAGACUUCAGUAGGUAUUUUUGGAAGUUAUUGUUCUGAAAUCACUUCCUGUGGAAUUCCUCCAGGAAGGAAACAUGUGACAGGAGAGACCUAGAAUCCAGUUUUAAGCUUUUUGAAACCACUGAGCUGCUAGCCACGGAAGCUGGAGUUUGGCCUGGUGUCCCUAGAACCCAGAGCCUCGCUUGAGCACCAUGUGGUCCCUCAGUUUUCACAAACAGGUUUGGGACAUGUUUUCACAUGAAAUAGUUUUAGUCAAAUGUAUGCUGUCUCUGAAGUGGGGUAUCCCAACCUCAGAUAGUUCCACCCCAAGGUAUCCCCCAUGCUAUAUCCUUUCAGAACUACUACCCGACUAUCAUCAAAUUACUAAUAAAUUACUUUUCCCUGAAAAA